AUGGAUAAGAAGAGAGAUGAAUUGUCUCUGACAAUUUACAAACCCUCGAAUUUUACGGGGGGUUGUUUGGAAAUUCGGUUAUUCUACGUGCGGAUAGCGCCGUGCGCUGUGGAUUGCGUCCCUGACCACCUAACGCUCCGCCACCUCCGUCGGGAGAUCGGUGUUUCGUUGGAGAUUAAUGGAUCCCGUGUGCCGUCCUCCGAUACGGCUUCGAUUUCCCUCCGGCGGGAUCGUGUGGAUAAGGACUCUUCAGAGGUCACGUACGUCAGCACCGAUAGUGUCCGGUUGUCAGGUCCCACGGAAUUUGAGGUAUGUGAAAAUGGGGAGGAGUUGAUCCUGUGCGGUUCUCUGGAGCGGGUUGAUGCUGCGGCAUGGGCUAAUGGGAGUUCUCCGGAAAAUGACUCAAGGACUGGUUGGAGCAUCGAUUGCUAUGCGGCCGCUUCCAUGGCAAAUGGUCGUUCAGCAUUUUUUCAGCCAAAACUUGGGGUAUCCUCCCCUUCUAUGGAGGUUUACAUAGCAGGUUGUUGCUCCGGGAUUCCUGUGAUAUUGACAAAGAUGAUUCUAAUCAGUCCGAGGCGAAAGGUGUUGAGGCAGGGGAUGCUUGAUGCCAUUCCCGAGGACGAUGAGAUGGGGAAGGAGCAAAGGAGUGUAAAUAAUGGGUUACUUUGGCAGAGGAAACCGCAGUUUACUGAGGAAGACAUGGAUGAGUAUGAAACAGAUGGGAAAGCUGAAUGCAGCUAUUACGCGGAAGACAUGUACCCGGGUGAAGAUGGGCAACUUACAUGGUUCAAUGCUGGUGUAAGGGUUGGCGUAGGAAUAGGCCUCGGAAUGUGCCUUGGAGUGGGAAUUGGUGUCGGCCUGCUCAUGCGUUCGUAUCAAGCUACGACUAGGAAUUUCAGGAGGAGGUUCUUUUAG